AUGGCUGACAAGGUCAAGGUAUGCUCUAUCUACCGUACUCUUCUCCGAACAAUCGGUCAUAGCGUUCGCUUUCACAAGCAAGAAGUGAAAAACCUUCGCAGAUCAUUUCGAGAUGAUUUUAAUCAGACAGUCCAAACAAAUCCUUCCCUGGUAGACUUGGAAAAGAAAGCAUCACAAACUAUGCUUUUCCAUCUCUCAUCCUACAAUGGAAGACCUUCAAGAGAACCAAACGAUGAACGGAGACAAGAACGAUGCUCCACAUUUCCACACCGACAAGCAAUUGCUGCAAGAGUGAUGUCCAACGUUUCUUCAUUAACAUAUCAUCAUUUAUCACCCAACACCGUAAUGCAAAGUAAGGGUCGCACAGCUCUUGGAGGUGGAAGUGAUUCAAGAUAUAUGCGUCAAAUUCGAUCAAAGAGAGAUUUGAAAAGAAGGGCGAAAGAUCGUAUCAGCGCACAAGGCUAUGGUGAAGGUCUAUCACCUGAUCAGAUGGAGGUUGGUGAUAUGGGAGCAAAUAUGAUCACUUCCCUUUUCGUGCCUCAUAGAAGACAACGAGGUCCACUUCCAGGUCCUCCUGAUGCCCGUCAAUUCAUUGCGAAAGAGUGGAACGGACAAAAGCCAAAUGGAAAUAUGAGACAAACAGAACAUGCUCUGCUUUCAACGCGAAAGUCGAUCGAUCAAUUACGAAACAAGUAUGAUAAACUCAAACAGAUCGCAGAUGCAUCAGGAAAAGGUCACGACCAAGAAGAAGCGGAGAAAGCGCUAAAAAAUUGGCGCUCUCAGCGAAAGAACUUUUCUUCCGAAGAAAAGAAGUUUGAAUUGACCAAGGAAUUGCAGGCAAUUCGAAGCGAUGCUGCUUCUCUAUUGUAUUCUGUCGUUCAAAAAGCUGAACUAAGCACUGGCGCAUGUCUAGGUUCGGCGAGGAUCGGUAAGUUGGCAAGAGGAGAAUGGCUGACACCAUGA